AUGUGGCAGCUUACAAGCCUCUUCUUGUUCGUGACGAUCUGGGGAGUUUCCAGCACACCAGCUCCUCCCGCCUCAGUGUUCUCCAGCCAUCGGAGUGCCCACCAGGUGCUGCGGAUCCGCAAACGCGCCAACACCUUCCUGGAGGAGCUGCGGCCCGGCAGCCUGGAACGCGAGUGCAGAGAGGAGACCUGUGAAAUUGAGGAAGCUCGGGAGAUUUUCCAAAACAUGGAAGACACAAUGGCCUUCUGGUCCAAGUACCACGACGGGGACCAGUGCGCGGCCCCGCCGCCGGCGCACCCGUGCGACAGCCCGUGCUGCGGGCGCGGCACGUGCAUCGACGGCCUGGGCGGCUUCCGCUGCGACUGCGCGCAGGGCUGGGAGGGCCGCUACUGCCUUCAAGGUGAGGGGCGGCGGGCGGCGGGCCGGGGAGCUCCCCGGGGCCGGGGGCGGGGCCGGGCGCGCAGAGCGCGCGCUCUCUCGGCGCCCUCCUGCCGGUCCCCCGCAGAGGUUCGCUUCUCCAACUGCUCGGCGGAGAACGGCGGCUGCGCGCACUAUUGCUUGGAGGUGGAGGGCGGGCGCCACUGCCGCUGCGCGCCCGGCUACCGCCUGGGGGACGACCACCUGCUCUGCGAGCCCAAGGUGACGUUCCCUUGUGGGAGGCCAGGGAAGCGAAUGGAGAAGAAACGCAAGCACUUGAAACGUGACACAGACCAAGUAGACCAAGAAGGCCAAUUAGAUCCACGGCUCAUCAGUGGGCAGGAGGCCGGAUGGGGAGAGAGCCCCUGGCAGGUGGUCCUGCUGGACUCGAAGAAGAAGCUGGCCUGCGGGGCAGUGCUCGUCCACGUCUCCUGGGUGCUGACAGCAGCCCACUGCUUGGACGACCACAAGAAGCUCAUCGUCAGGCUUGGGGAGUAUGACCUGCGGCGCUGGGAGAAGUGGGAGGUGGACCUGGACAUCAAGGAGGUCUUUGUCCAUCCCAACUACACCAAGAGCACCAGCGACAAUGACAUCGCCCUGCUCCACCUGGCCCGGCCCGCCACUCUCUCACAGACCAUCGUGCCCAUCUGCCUCCCAGACAGUGGCCUGUCGGAGCGCGAGCUCACCCAGGUCGGCCAGGAGACGGUGGUGACAGGCUGGGGCUACCGCAGCGAGGCCAAGAGAAACCGCACCUUCAUCCUCAACUUCGUCAAGGUCCCCCUGGUCCCACACAACAUGUGCGUUCUGGCCAUGCAAAACAAGGUCUCCGAGAACAUGCUGUGCGCCGGCAUCCUGGGGGACCCGCGGGAUGCCUGUGAGGGUGACAGCGGGGGACCUAUGGUCGUCUCCUUCCGCGGCACCUGGUUCCUGGUGGGCCUGGUGAGCUGGGGCGAGGGCUGCGGGCGCCUCAACAACUACGGUGUUUACACCAAAGUCAGCAGUUACCUCGACUGGAUCCACGGCUACAUCAACGCUAAGGAGGACCCCCUCAAGAGCCAGGUGCCUUAGCAUCUCCCCCACUUGUGUCUGGACCCCAGAGGACACCCUUGG